AAGGCUUCUCCAAAGUUUCGUAGUGUUAGAACCUCGGCAAAACCCAGUUCGUCGUCUCCCUCGCAUCAUGCUCGUCAAUGGCGUUCUUCAUUUCCCUUCUCCGUCGAAACCCUAACCCUAGGUCCCUCAUCCGCUUCAAUGGAUCUUCGACCUACUUCUCUUCCCCCCAUCCAUGUCCUCCUCUCAGCCCAUUACAUUCCUUACAGUCCUUCGUCGCCGCCCCCAACCCCUUCUCCUUAGCGCCCCGUCUCACCUCGCCCUCUUCCGCCUUCUCGCCUCUCCGCGGAUGUAUCCCCUUCUCCGGACCGCUCUUUCUUUGCCUGCCUGCCUGGAAGCUCUCGCAAUCCGCAACACCGCUAUAUUUGAGAGGAAGCGAGGUGGUUUUCCCCAAGGAUUUACUGAGAGUGAGGAAUUUUCCGAUCGGAUUGGGGUUUGCAUCGGUUGGGAAUCUUGGGAAGGUGAUUGGUUGGGGAAGAGAGAUUCCGAGAAAUGAAGAUGGAACUGCGUGGCUUGUGGGAAAAGAAAAGUUAUUAAAUUUGCCAAAUUUGAUCUCCAUCAGCAGGAUGGUUUCUGGUCCUUUCAUUGGGUGGAUGAUUAUUAAUGAAUGGUAUAUUCCUGCAUUUUGUGGCUUGGCCAUUUCUGGAGCAACAGACUGGCUUGAUGGAUUUGUUGCAAGAAAGAUGAAUAUUAACUCGGUGUUUGGAUCAUACCUUGAUCCCCUUGCAGACAAGGUUUUAAUUGGUUGUGUUGCUCUAGCCAUGGUGAAAGUGGACCUCCUACACCCUGGGCUUGUUGGACUUGUUCUGUUUAGAGAUAUUGCCCUUGUUGGAGGUGCAGUUUACAAAAGGGCUUCCAAUUUAGGUUGGAAGGUGAAGAGUUGGUCUGAUUUUGUCAACCUUGAUGCAACGCAUAGGGAGAAGGUUGAACCUUUGUUUAUUAGCAAGGCCAACACUGUCUUUCAAUUACUUUUAGUUGCUGCAGCACUUCUCCAGCCUGAAUUCGGCACGACAGAAACUCAAUUGUACAUAACAUACCUGAGUUGGUUAGUAGCUUCCACAACAAUAGCAUCUUGGGCCGGGUACGGAGUGAAGUACCUAUAUAAGAUAUAGGCCACACUCACUGCAGAGAUAACAGUUCACAGCCAAACAAAACACAAAAUACUCAAUGUUUACCACUUCAUUGUGGACAUUUCAAUGAUUGGACAAACAUUCCCUUCGCCACUUUUUCCUCUCCAAAUCACAGCUUACAUGGCAAGCAUCCAAUGGCCUUGCGCCGGGAACUGGGAAUCGGGAAUUUUCUAUUGAACAAAUGAAAAAUGGUCAGUUACUUCAAUGCAAGGUAUGUUCAUGUCUCUGGUUUGGUUUCAAGAGACAAGAUACAAGAAAAGUGUUUGGUCAGUGUCAUCUGCUGGAAGAUAAAAUCCAAUGGCAUUCUCUAUCCGUGCAGUUUUCUGUUGUCUUUGUAGUGUGGACAAGUGUAAGUAUUUUAGGUACUUCAAUUUUGUUCUGAUAAGAUUAUUUUAUUUAUUUUUAUCCAUUGAUGUGAAAUUCAGGGUUCAGUUAUCAAGUGUCAUGAAAGAAUAUAUAUUUAUAUAUAUGAAUGAGAAGGCAGAAUAACGUGCUGUUUGCUAAUAUAUACACACAUAGAUAUACUUCAUCUUAAGUUUAUCCCCAAAUUUUACUAUUCAUUUAAGUUUUCCUUGAGUGGACAUUUGGCAUGCUGUUAUUGGUAAAUAAAAAUUAUUUUUUUAAUUGGUUGAUAGUUGCUCUUCUAACCCUAGAUCUCCAAAAAUCCUAUUGACUUCCUCUCUCCAAUGGCCUCCAUCUUUGGCUUCUGCUCCUCUUUUUCCCCUGUGGCCGCUCUCAAGCCUCUGCUCCUCCUCUUCUUCCCCUGUCACCACUCUCAAGCCUCUCUCAGUGUUUGUUGACACCUACGGCACUGGCAAGAUUCCCAACAAAGAGAUUCUCAAGAUCGUGAAGGAGAUAUUUGACUUCAGGCCAAAGGUGAUCACCAUCAACCUUGACCUGAAGAGAGGUGGCAAUGGCAAGUUCCUUAAGACAGCAGCCUAUGGCCACUUUGGAAGGGAUGACCCAGACUUCACCUAGGAGGUGGUCAAACCUCUCAAGUGGGAGAAGCCGGCAGCAUAGAUCUCGUCCUUUAUGCUGUCACUGUGUCUCUGUUCUAUCUAGAAAUGAUGCAAGGAAAGUAACUCAAAGAAGGGAAGGGACAACCAAUAAGCAUGUUCUCAUCCUCAACCUGGACCUUGCUCUCCCCUGGCUUCAUCCCAGGCAUAUCCACCUCAAAGACGUAAGAUCGAGGGAGUUCCUUCACGUCCGCUGGAGUCAUGGUCUUAUCCACCUCAUCAGGGAUGUCCAUGAGGUGCUGCAAAGUGGACAUGAGAGGUCCCUCCAAGCCCAUCACUAGGAUGUGGGACAUUCCAUUG